CAGCUUUAAGUGUAUGGAUUGAACCCGUGGCUGCCUGACGCUGGAGGGUUGGUCCAUGCAACAUAAUGAAGCGUCCCAGUCCCUCAAAUGGGAGUGGGCGAGCUGGGAUAGGCUGGGAGUUUGGUUGGGAACCGUCAGCGAGACGGGACCAGGCACAAGAAGACGAAGGGGAGGGAAACGAAGAACCGAGCGACUCAUAACUUGUGGCUCGUGAGCGGCUGAAUGUUGGACAGGAAAUUAGACGUAGACAGUUUUACGGAAAGCAGCAUUUGUUGCGUUCAGGGGUCACGGAGCGGCGCGGAUGACAAAGAAGCGACGCCGGGCAAACUUUCUCAGCCGGGUUUAAUCGCUCCUAAAACCCGACAGGGAAUUCUGUUUUUCUUUUUCUUUGUAACCUGAGGUGUACAGAAGAGGACAUCACCAUGCCACGGCGCACCGUGCAAGAAGUAACAGUGCAGGAUGUCCAGAAGCGGAGAAAUCCCAACAAACACUACGUUUACAUCAUCAAAGUGUCCUGGAGUGAUGGCAGUACAGAAAUCAUUUACAGACGCUACAGCAAGUUCUUUGACCUCCAGAUGGAAUUGCUGGACAAAUUCCCAGUGGAAGGAGGCCAAAAAGACCCUAAGCGCAGGAUCAUUCCAUUCCUACCAGGGAAGAUCCUGUUUAGGAGAAGCCAUAUCAGGGAUGUGGCCAUGAAAAGGCUAAGGCCCAUCAAUGAAUACUGCAGGGCCCUCAUUCAGCUGCCAGUCUACAUCUCCCAGUGCGAGGAGGUCAGAGUGUUUUUUGAGACCAGACCUGAAGACCUCAACCCACCCAAGGAGGAACCCAUCGGAAAGAAGAAAUCAGGGAUUGUGGAGAGAGCGACUACUUUCCUAAAGCGAGGUGAUGCCACCUCAGCAGACCCUCUCCUCCUCGACCAGUAUGUGGCAGUAACAGACUAUGAGAAGCAGGAGAGCUCUGAGGUCAGCCUACAUGUGGGGCAGGUGGUGGAGGUUAUAGAGAAAAAUGAGUCUGGGUGGUGGUUUGUCAGCUCAGAUGAUGCCCAGGGCUGGGUUCCUGCCACCUGCCUUGAAGCACAGGAUGACCCCGAUGACUUCUCUUUUCCAGGGGAAGAAGUGCCUCGGAGAUUCUGGUCACUGCCAAGGCACGUGGGUCGUCGCAGAACUUUAGGGGAUCUAUUCAGCACAGGCUUUGGGCAAGAGGAGAAGUAUUCAGUGAUUUACCCGUACUCGGCCAGGGACCAGGAUGAGAUCGACCUGGAGAGAGGCAUGAUUGUCGAGGUGAUUCAGAAGAACCUGGAGGGCUGGUGGAAGAUCAGGUACCAGGGCCGUGAGGGCUGGGCCCCAGCCUCCUACCUGAAGAAGACUGACAUCCAGGGCCAGAAGCAGUCAGCAGGCGCUGGUGUUCAUGCCAGCACCAAUGACCUAGAUGGGUUUUCUAAACAGAACCAGCAAAACAACGCAGCCAAAGAGAACCGAGACAACAGCCAAAAAGAAAACAGACUCUCAUUUUUUUCUGACAGCAAAAGCAAAGUGGGAGCAAGACACAGACCUCCUCCACGCAGAGAUCUUACCAUUCCACGUGGUACAAACCUACCCAAGCCACCUGUACCUCCUCAGGUUGAGGAAGAGUUCUACACCAUAGCAGACUUCCAGACUACCAUCCCUGAUGGUAUUAGCUUCCAAGCAGGAAUCAAAGUUGAGGUGAUCGAGAAGAAUAGUGGUGGUUGGUGGUACAUCCAGAUAGAUGACAAAGAGGGCUGGGCCCCUGCCACCUUUAUCGACAAGUACAAGAAGACCAGUAAUGCCCUGCGACCUAAUUUCCUUGCCCCUCUGCCCAAUGAGAUGGAGAAGCUGAGACUUGAAGACGGUGGUUCUUCAGGCACAGACGACAGCUGGUCCAAGCCUUUACCAGAUGAGCCAACCACAGCCCCUGACUCCUGUGCCCGGCCUAAGCUGAGAGAUUGGAAGUCCGGUGCCAGCAAGACUGGGCCUUUACCACCAGCCCCAGCCGCCCCUCCAGCUGAAGAGAAACCGGCUCUGCCACCUCGUAGGGAGUCCAUUAAUAAGAGCUUUGAAUUGGAGGUAUCCGAGAAAGUGAGGGUUGAUCAUUCCAAACCUUUGCCUCCAAAGCCCCCAGCUCCUGGGGUCAUAAUGCCACUGGUUACACCCAAAGCACCCCCCUUCAAACAGGACAAACCACCAGAGACCAAGAAAGAAGAUAAGAGCAAAGCUCUUCACCUCCGAAAUGAGAUGGGUCUUGAAUGUGGCCACAAGAUCUCUGCCAAAGAGGUGAAGAAGUUUAAUCUGAAACCCGUACCUAAACAGCCACCAAAACCCAAAGCAGAGGUGCAGGAGGAGAAACCAGAGGUAGCUGGUCCAGCAGUGUUCAUGAAGCCGAAGCCAGUGAUCCGACCUAAACCUGCCCCAGCUGCAAAGCCAGAUCCUCCGGCUGAGAACAAACUAGACAUCACCAACCUGAGAAGCAAGCUGAGGCCAUCGAAACCUGCGGAUCCUGGCUCCGCGUCAGCUGAGGUGAACCAUCAAAAUGACACCACAGUAAAUAGUUCCCAUCCCAGUGCCCCCUCUAGUUCCCCCCCAAUUCAUAUCCCUACUCUCAACAAUGGUAAGCACUGCGACGAGCCAAAACUUCCCCCAAAACACAUGAAUGGUCAUAGCCAGGAGAGCUCAUCACCCCCUGCAAAACCAGCAGUGCCCCCCCACAAGGAUCCCCCACAGAGACCCCCUGCCAUGGCUCCAAGGAGACCUCCUCCUCCCAAGAAGACCGACCCAUCCAGCCCGACUGAGCCCAAAGCUCCAGCCCCUCUAAGAGAAAUCCAGGAUCCUCCCAAGGGCCCGGCACCUCAACUCAGCAGACCCCCUCCCCCUAAACCCAAAGCAUUUGCUCAGGCACCUCCAAGCAAAGAGAAAGAAGAGCCCAAAAUGAAUAAAGUCCCAAUUCCUCCCAAGCCCCAGGUGAAGAGUGAGAAGCCGGGGCCGCCAAAGGACAAGCUUCCACCUUUACUCAUGGAGCCCAGUAAGGAUGAGCUGUAUCUAGCUGUGGCGGACUUUGAAGGGGAUGACCAAACAUCCAGCUUCAAGGUGGGUACGGUGUUUGAGGUUCUGGAAAAAAACAGCAGCGGCUGGUGGUUCUGUAAAAAUGUAGGACAAGACGUUGAGAGCUGGAUUCCCUCAAAUUACCUGAGCAAGAAACCUUAGUGUGUUGCCAUAUGAAUAAAUAAACAAACUAAUGAUUUAAAUGAACAAAAUAUCACUACUUUGUAGCUUAAUAGCAUCUUUUUUUAAUUUAUAGGUACCUUUUGUUUUUUUAAAGUGACAUGUUUUUGUUAUGUUGCAUUUUGAUAAAAAAAAAAAAAAUUCUACCUAAACUGAACCAGCAAUAACACAUGACCUUGUUGGGUCUUGUGAUGUUUACUUUUGUCUUUAUCGUCGUUUUACAUUUAAAAGAAAGUAAGUUGCUUUUGUUGCCAUAUGCUAGUCUCAGCCUUUGUCAGUCUUGCCAAUAAAUAGGCUAGACGCUAGAGCAGCAGUAAAUGUAUCUCCACCCAUGCCUUCUAUGAUAUGGUGCCUCUAUAUUAUAUGCAAAGUGCUUCAGUGCUUAAUAUACUGUAUGCAACUGUAGGCAUAGUCCUUGUUGGAAACUAAAAAACCUUUGACUAAAAAUCUACAUCCCAGGAUAAAACACUAGUUGUUCAAAUCCAGCAGUAGACAAAAAAAAAAAUCAUAUAUCCCUUAAAUAAAGGCUGCACAUGAACUCACUGGGGGAGUUCAAUGACUACAUCUGGGCUCUCAAGUGCUAUUAGCAAUUACUAAAAGAGAUGUCUUUGCCAAGUAGAAGUGCUGUUUGUUAUACAAGAAACAUGCAUAUUCGUUUUUGUGCUAUUGUAAUGCUUUUCAUCGUGGACUGCAUAAUUCAUGUUGCAGUGACUUGUAAAGGUGUGCACUUUUUCAGUCAUUUCAUAUGAGAUCACUUUGGGGUUUGCACAUGCUGAAGGAAGCCAGAGUGCAUUGUUUUUUUUAGUUUGACAUUUGUAUUAGCAAUGUUCUUUUUUUAUACGCACUGUAAAAAAAAAAAAAAAAAAAUCCACCAAUGUAAAGAUGAGACUGACAAGUUGAAAAGAAGCUCUCUGUCAAAGUAUUUUAACAUGAUUAUGUUAUGUUACACCCAAACAAUAAGUGAAAUGUGACUUGCAGAGCACAUCUGUCUGUACCAGAUGUCUGACCUAAGAAAUAAGUGAUUACAUGUUUUGUGCAAUGAUUUACAGUAUUGUAAGUGUACAGUCUGUUCAUAACCGUGGUUUGGUGCUCAAAUAACAGCGAAAGGACGACCAUUGUAUAAAAAUAAUGUUUUACAUAAAUGCUUGACUGGUCUCAAGCAUGGUCAGUAUAGCAAAUUAUUUUUUAUUGUACAGAAAUGAGAGGCAUAUCAUAGCUGUUGUCACUUUUUCUUUGAUGGUCCAUCUGUAAGGUCUUUAACUCUGUACUGAUGAAGGGAUUAGAGGAAGAAAGAGCCAAGAAGGAGCUGUGUUUGUAGGUUUAUGGGGAAAUACAGAGGGUUGUGUCAUUUUUGUUUCUGUGUCUGUCGAGAUACAAAAAGUCACUCAAGAAAAGUAUGUGACACAACUGGCUGCUAAUGUCACACCAAGUGGUCCAGAAAUUGUUGUCUACUAUUCAUUUUUUGAAUGAAGCGUUAGGUUUACGAAACAGUUGAUAAGCAAAAUUGGAACAUAAAAAUGUACUGUACAUUCAUGGUUCUCUAAACAAUCAGACAAGGCUACAAGCUGUAACUCUGCUUCUAGUCGCUAUAUUAUUCCACCUUCCAGCUAUGUUUUAUAAAGAAAGGACAGAAUGUUACCAACUACUAAGAAGAAAUUGUAUAAUUGAGGAGAAAAAGAAGGAAGCUACAGUACAAUGUAAGGCAAAUGUAUGGGUUGAUGGUGUCAUCAUUUCAGUAUUGUAAUCUUAUUUACUUUUUUUGCUAUGUAUUUUUCAUUACAUUGUGUCUUCUUUUACUUAAUUCAAUAAAAGUUUAAGAUUUUUCAGUUCA